UUUAAUCCUCCGACCCAACACAACGUGGUCUGCUGCUUCUAGCAACAUCGCCUUGUGCUUUUAGGGUUUCAGCUUCGUUCACAAAACCUUCGCUGCCGGUCUUUUCUCGGCCUUCACCAUUCCCUCCGCUCGCCAUGGCUGCCGCCGCUAGGUCGGUCCUUCGCUCGGCUUCGAUCCGCGGCGGCGCGGCGCGGGUCGCGGCCGAGGCCGUAGCGGCCUCGCGCCCUCAGCUUCGCUGUCUCCCCAAACUGAGGCCGGCAGCCGCCAGUCGUUUCCUCAGGUCUCCCGUGGAGGCGAGCUUCUGUGUGGAGUCGCUAAUGCCGAUGCACAGCGCAACGGCCACGGCGUUGCUGACCUCGAUGCUCAAUGUUUCGCGUAGGGGAUAUGGAUGGCUCUCCGAAGGAUAUGAUGAAACUAGAUGAAAGCCAAGCACCAAAAGGUCUGUGAUUUUUCAGCACGGAGAAUUGCUAAACAGAGGUCAUGCUGCUCCUCUUCCUUUGCCUGUCUCCUCAAUUAUCUCCAUUAUGAAUAAAGAGAAUUAUCGAAACUUUUCAAACUUGUGUUGCUUGGUCAUUGGUGGUUGGAGCUCAUGUACUUGUAGAUUAUGAGUCGUGGCUUCUCGUGUACCUUUCAUCAGUAGUAGUUGCUGCGGUUAUCUGUUGUUGUUACAGUGUACGCAGUUGCUAAAGUUGUUUCUUUUCAAAGAGUUAGAAGGAUAUGCACAUCAUCAGUGUGUGUACUCGACUCGUUUAGACUGCCUCAUCUAAAAUAGCUUGUGGUAGAAGGAAAUUUGUUGGUUAACCAUAGUAAUCUAAAAUAAGACUCUUUUAGACUCUUUUA